AUGAGUAGGUUCCGUUUUUUUUUUGUAAAUGAAAUUUUAUAGGUCACGUUUUGUUGCUUAUCAUUUACGAAAUGAUAAAAUUUUGAAAGAAAUUAAACUUUUAGUUCUGAAAAUCAUGUGAUUUUUCAAAUUAUCGGUUAGAUUUUUGUUUGAAUAAGCUAUAAUUUGAGCAUUUUCAUGUUGCUCAGCCCAGAUUCUAGCUCUAAAACUUGCCUGAACCUUAAAAUUCCCUCGAUUCGAGAAAUCGCUGAAAUUUCUGGGUUCUCGCGCAGGGAAAUCUAUCGUCAAUUUUUUUUUUGAAAAAAAAACAAACAUAAAAUUCAGUUUCCCCGCAACGAAAAAAAUACAUACAAAUUCCGGCCCGAUUCCGAGCAAUUAUUCAUGAAAUGUUUCCCCUUUUCCACAAUUUUUCCUCUUUUUUUCAUUAUUUCUCCACUUUUCUGCUGAAAAAGAAAAAUAAGAGAAUUUCAGAUGCAAAAACAGCGAUGAGCGGUGGCGAAAAAGUGUUGAUAGACCCGCGCGACUUCCGAUCGUUUUGUUUCCGCGGCGAAGGUCGCGCGAAUUUCGUGAUUUCCGCCAAACAUCGCUAUAAUGAUUCGCGAAUUGUUUGGCGAUUUGCGAAAGAGCGGAAAAGCGGUCUGAUGACUGUGAAGGCCCGAAGUGAAAUGGUCAAUGAUUACAUGGAGAGGUUAGAAAUUAUCUGAUUUUCAUGGAAAAAUUGAUGCAUUUCAGAAUCGUUUCUCCAUUUUUCGACGACAAAUAUUUGGUUAACAUGAGCAUUGUUGAGUUUGACACAAUUGAUGUGCAUCAUUUAGCAAAGGUAGCGUCUGAAAAUAUUCUGAAUACAUGCCUGAACCUUGAAAUUUCAUCAAAUUCAGUCAAAACCUGGGGGUUUUUAUUGAAAAUCGAUAAAUUGAUGAAAUUUCCGGGUUCUCGCGCAGGGAAAUCUAUCGCCAAUUUUUAAUUUCACAAAAACCCUCUUUUCAGAUCCCCGCUCUUCCAGCAAAUCAGAAAAUCGAGCGAUUCGAAGAACUGUUCGAUUUGCCAGAAGAAAUCUCGUUUUUACCAAUCACCGCAUUUCAAAAAACCAAUGGUGACUCAAUUAUAACACAUCCAAAAAGGUUGAGCUCGUUGCAAAUGUUGGAUGCGACACAAUUACCGAAUUCGAGUGUCUUGGACGAUUUUGGAUGCUCAACGAUUACUGUAGGGAACUUUUUGAGCUGAGAUUUGGGGAAUUUUCAGCCAAAAAUCCUUUUUUGCAGAUCGAAAUCAAGCCAAAACAAGGAUUUUUGCAAAAACACGACAAUAUCUCAAUUCAAAACUGCAACAAUUGUAUAAUGCAAUUUGAAAAAUGUGGCUCCGCGCAUUUUUCGGAAAUGUACGAUUUUUGCCCGCUGGACUUGUUCUCCUCCUCAUUUUCUCGCUCAAAAUCCGCAAUUUUUUCGCUUUUUCUCGUGCCACAUCGGAAUUUGCGCAUUUUUCGCGAUGGAAAUUUGGUGCAUUCGGAUGAGAAGCCGCUGGAUGAAAAGAUGUUUGAUGCGACACUUUUUCCCAGGAAUGAGGCGAAGACGGAUGAUUUGAUCACUGCUGUAAGGGAUAGCCUGAAAAAUCUGAAAUUUCUGGCUGAAAAUCUGAAAAUUUCAGAUUUUUCUAUUCUAGAAAUCAAAUAUCAUUGAAAAAACCAAAAAAAAAAAUGGGGAAUUUUUGUGUACAAAUGAGGUCAUCUGGAAUUUCCAGCCAAAUUUCGAUUUUCAGGCGAUGAAAAUCGAUUUUUUGCUGGAAAAUCCGAGUUUUCGCGUCAGGGGAUCGAAAAAUUGAGAAAAAUUGUCUGUAAACCUGCCUGAACCUGGAAUUUUCAGUCAAAUUCGAUUUUUGGCUGGAAAUUUCGGGUUCUCGCGCAGGGAAACCUAUCGCCAAUUUUUAAUUUGAAAACUAAGCCUGAACCUUGAAAUAUCAGCGAUUUUUCGAUUUAAGUUCAAUCAAAACCAAUGGAUUGUUUUUUGAAAAUCGAAAAAUUUCUGAAAUUUUUAGGUUCUCGCACAGGGAAAUCUAUCGCCAAUUUUUUGUUUGAAAAUUUGGUCUAAAAUCAACCUAAAAAAUGCCUGAACCUUGAAAUUUCAGCAAUUCGCGAUUGAAUUCAGUCAAAACAGGGAUUUUUGACUGAAAAUCGAAAAAUUUCUGAAAUUCCAAGGUUCUCGCGCAGGGUCUAUCGCCAAUUUGUUUUGCCACGUCAUAACUAUCAAUGUUCCAGCUCUCUCUAAUAAUGUCCGGAAGUUCGUCGCGAAAACGUUUCAAACUUCACAAAACCUCAGUGCUCGGUCAAAUCCUGCAAGCUCAAAAAAUCGACGAGAUUGGAAUUGUCAAAGCGCACGAGAUCUACGCAAAACUGGACACCGCCUCAAAAUCCGAACUAUUGGACAAAAGUGCUCUAUCGAGAAUCGGAAUUGAAUCGAUUUUGGGAAAUUGUCCACCCAAAAAAUGCACAAUGAGAUUGGAGGAUUUUGAGAGAAUGCAAAAAUUGCGACGAUAUUUUGUGGCUGCAACGAUGAAAGAUUGCUCUGUGAUGGUCUCGAUGCGAUUGAUUCCAAGGAAUUUGGAAUUCAAUGGGGAAAAUGUGUUGAGAUUAAACAAUGGUGAGUUCAGCCCAAAGUUAGCCUAACUCUUCCCAAUUUUUCAGGUCGCCAAUUCGCCUACUCUAUCAAAAUCGUGGAUCUCGACCCGAAAACCCCGAAAAAUCUAAUAAACGCCUAUUCCCGUUUUAUGUCGGGCGCGAAAUUGAUCAAACUCGAAUCCGAAACUCGACAUAAUCAACGUGGAAUUUCUGAAUGUUGUGAAUAA